UGUUGACGUGAGUACAUGACGUCACAGCUAACUGGCCUCGCCAUUGGUUCGAGAGGGAAAAUCACGCCUACUUUAGUUGCCGCUGUUUCCAGAACUUUCGUUUUCUACCAAAUCUCUUCGUUCGCGUCACCCGUGAAAGUGCUUGGGCCGAGUGAACGAAACUCACUGAAUCCACGGGAACUGCGAGGGCGUCAGGAUGCGUUUCGCCGUAAAGGCAGAGGCGUCACACGUUGGUGGUGGGGUUGCAUGAGAGCGACUGACUCAGAUACCCAAGCAACAAGUGUGCGGGUGGACGGACGGGAGGUAGUGAGCUCCAAGCCUACUGCUACCGUGUUCUUCCGAGAAUACUGUCAUUGUAGGUUGACCACGGAACGGUCACCGGGCGUUACAACACCUCUCGAUCCAAUGGUGGCGUUAAGACAAAGAGGUGGUGUUGAGAGUAUGGCCAUCGACGCCAGUGGUGUAUGGUCGUGCCCCAGUGCCCGACGCGGUGCCCUGGCUACUUACAAGUUCCGUGUGCGCGAGGAACGCAAGCGGGUGAUAAGACUCUCCAACGAGAAGUACCGCACCAUUGAUGAUCAUGAGAGCGGCCUUCGAAGAUUUGUGCUCAUCAAGAACACGCUGAGACGACUGCAGCGAGAGGCUCGGGAGGAGAAGUUGGCUCGACACCGUGCUGGUAGUACCAAUGUGUCGCCUUCCUACCUGUCUGCCUCUCGCCCCCGCUCCCCCUCUCCUCCCUGUGACAUGCAGGUUUGUGACGUGCUGAGCGUGUACGCCCAGCCCGCCCCCACUCCACUCUCCGCCCUGGAAGACGACGACCCAGCGCCCCCGGCCAAGAAGCCCAAGCUCUUCCUUGAUGAUGAUAAGGAAAACUCGAGGGAGACUUGUGAAACACGGCUGCAGUGCGAAAUGGAUCACAAGGACGACGCCCGCGUAGUGGUGGACGAUACGCAAGAGAUCUUACGCGACUUGUACGAUACGUUCACCGCCGAUUCUCUUACGCAGCCCCGUCCUGGUACGCCCACUCCGCCCCGCCCAGACACGCCUUAUGUAUCCCCUCUUUCCUGCACCGUGCCCAUUCCCACCUCGCCGCCAUCAAUUAGCAGCAAUACCACCACAACCACCACCACCAGCAUGAGUACGACCACCUCCAGCACCACCAACUUGAGUAGCACCCCCACGAGCUACAGCAGCAGUGGUAACUCCGGAAGCAGCUAUUAUGACUGGUCAAGACCACAGCAGCAGCAGUACGCUUGUGGCCAUACCUCACUCUUGGGGAAUGACCUCCAGUCUGUAGUUUUUCACAGCCUCAUCGCCUCUUUGGAGUCGUAACGCGCGUGUGAAGCUGUUGGCAGACUCCAGCAGCAAGAGCAGCAGCGACAGUAGUGACUAAUGUUGACUGCAGUGCCAUGCCAAAGAGGUGCAAUCACUGUGCUGGGCGGCCCCCGGACUCUCUUGUGAUUCAUCAAGUGUUAUCAGCUGUGAUCUUACCAUUAUUACGCGGACCCCUGACUCGCACAGUGCCUGAGUGGUGUAUUGGAGCAGGCAGGGCACAGGUGCCCAUACCUGGUGGUGUUGGACACUGUUGCCCACGCCUGGCGGUGGUGGUGGGCAUAGUUUCCCACGCCUGGCGGUGGUGGUGGGCAUAGUUGCCCACGCCUGGUGGUGGUGGGCAUGGUUGCCCACGUAUGGUGGUUGUGGUGUGGGGGGGGGGGCAGACCCUUGGUGCUAGGUGGGGCGGCACCACGGCCUCAUCCUCACUGAUAUGUUGUGCUUAUUACCAUAUGAGAAGGGGAAUGCCGUGGACCAUUAUAUAUAAUAAUAAUGCGUUCAUCAUCAUCAUACAUAUUCAUCUUCGCCACCAUGACAGUUACAUUUUCAUCCUCGCCACAAUUCUAAGGUCUAGAAUUCCUUUUAACUUUGUGGGCAGAUUCAUACUAUGUAUAUUUUGUGAGUGAAGGGCAUUUCCAACUUGGUAAAACUAGGCAGUUAAUGGAGGCCAUUGUGCAAUGGAGCCUUCCAGUGUGUCAAUGAAGAGUUAGGAAAUGCCCGAAGCUACACAAGGUAAGCAGCCACAGGGGAGGGGAAGCUACCUACGUCAUGAAGGUGGCUGCACAUUCGCAAGACACUUGUCAAGGUUUACUGACGCAAUACUCUUCGUCCUGCCUUCCCAAAUGGCUGUAUCUGUUUAAUAUUGUUUGAUGAUAUGUUCCUGCGUAGGACACGCCCAGCGAGAAGGUAGAAAAUUUAUACCUCAGACCCCAGUUCAAGAUUUAGGUGGCAGCUAUUGAAGGAAGUGAGAGAUUGUCGUUUUCCAGGUACACGAGUUUGCCAAGAAGCAGGUGGUUUCCCAGGCCUGUGGCUGCCAUUAGGUAUUAGUUGUGUGAAACUUCUGGCAUUUUGUUGUCUAGUCCUUGUCCGAUUCCUUUUUGUUUUUGGUAGGGCCUUGCAGACUUGUUACUCUUAAAAAAUAGUAAUUAAAGUAAUUAAUCUUGUUAUCACUGCCACAUAUUAUUAGUGCUGGUCAACCUCAACUACAUUGCCUUAAGAUGUUGACUUGUGUUAAGAAAAAGUUGUAUGCUAGAGUCUCUGCAGGCCCACCCACACCUUUUACAUUUCCCCUCACUCCCCUUGACCUUUUCCUCUAACCCAGUUUCCCCUCAUUCCCUUUUCUCUCCUUUCCCUCCUGCUCUCCCUUCCCCCACUCCCAUCUUUUUUAUCCCAUUUUCCACAUCCUACUCAUUGCUCCUAUUUUUCUCUACAUCCCCCUUCCCCCCCUCCUUUUCAUGAGUUGUUGGCGAGAUGUUGAUGAGGGCGUCAUCCCACAGUGCCAUCUGAUCAUCGCAUAAAGUAGAAUUACUUUUUACAUUUUUGUAUAUUGUACAAAUGUAUAUGACUGAGAAUUUUGUUAUUAUUAAGAGCUAUUUGUAUUCAGUUUGUAAAAAAAAAUAGUAAUAUUCUCCGUGAAAGUCAAGAUGUCGAAAUACCAAAAUUUAGUUUGUAUAAAUAUUUUUGUUCCAGCUAUUGUACCAUAAUAGUCGAUAAUACACUUACCAACGAUUUCCAAAACAUGUAUAUCACAAUUAUUUGCGUCAAGGUUGUAUCACUUAUUUAUUCCGAUAGGCAUAUUUAUAUUUUGUAAAUCUUGAAAAAACGGGAAUACGUAUUUGAGACGGCCUGUUGUGACGUCACUAGUACCGGUGACAUUGCGCCUCCACACGAGGCUUGAUGCUGCCAGCCUCACCUGACCAUGUCACUGUACAAACAAUAAUAUUUGCACUAUAAUACAUAUUGAUGCAUAAACAUAUGCAUAUGUAACAUAAAUUUGGAAUUGUGUAAAGCAAAACUUUAAUUGCUGCCUGUAAUACGUAUUCUCAUGUUUUCAAUUCUUUGACGUCACAAAAAGCAGUUUUAAAGAGGCCGAAGGUCGUCUAAUUCUACACUGCCACUUCCUGCGCCAGUUGGCCAGUAGAUCACUUGGGUCAAGAGUGUUUCUGCCGGCCACAGUGUGUGUGUGUUGAGACUUGGCCAUGACCACAGCCUGGAGUUGCUAGGGUCAUCAUUCAACUCUAAUCUGCUGUUAAAAGUACUUGCUCGUAUACCCACCGAACGCUCUCUAAUUUCUCUGUAUAUUUGUGAAGGGAGAGUUUUGUGGUUAUAUGACUUUUACUACGACAAACCAGGUCUUUAGUUGUAUUUUUUCUUCACAAAGUGAUUGUGUUUGCAGAGUACAUUUCGUUUUGUUGCCUUCUCACCAACCAGUUUCCAAAAACCUCGUAAAGUAUAAGGGAGUAGCACGAGCAUUCAAAGUUUUGUAAUACAAGUUUGAAAACUGGGUCCAAUGUACAAAAAGUCGCUCUGGUGUGCCCAGUGUGCAGUAACGCCCCACAUGCCCACAGUUUUUUAUAUAUAUUUUUUGUGGAAGAAGAGGUAAAGGUAUGGAAUAUGCUGUGGGUGGUGGUGGAGGGCGUUGCUCCCGGAGGGUGCCUUCCAGAGUGCGUUUGGGGGUUGGGGGGGUUAGCCGUGUCACUUGCUUCAAUUAAGACAUAGGUAGUGACUAUGCUAUGUAGUGAUGACUGCUAUUAAAACUGUGACAUAGAGGUAGUGGUGAUGCUAUAACGAAAAGUUUAAAAAAGGGAAGUUUAGUUCCUGCCAGACGUAAGAGGUGUAUUGAUUUGUUAACUUGUAUUUUGUGAAUUUUCCAAAUAUAUGAUAUGAAACCUAGUAAGAA